AAGGAAGGAAGGUGUUUUCCCUGGCGGGUGUGUUCUCAGACAGGCCGCAGGGUUGCAUAGUGAUCAGUGGAACUUUUUUCUAACAAAGGAUCAUUGUAACGGAUCCUACGCCCUGUCUUAUUACCUUAAAAUUACGUUAAACCGAACCAGAGGUUGUUGUGAUGGUUCUGUCUACUACUUCCUCGUCCUGCAGUCAGACCGUAAAGGCGUGACGUAGGCAACUGCUUCGGUUUCAACAAUUCUGACUGCGGAGAGGGGAGUCCGCUUGCUUUUGCCGAGAGGAGGAGAGACGCACCGCUACAGCUCUGCACCGUCGAGAGUCGAGCACACGCGGCAGUACGCUGCGAAACACGCGGGGGCAACGGACUGUAAGAACACUACCGAGUACCGUCUGUCUGAACACUAUCGAUAAGUUUUGAGGAGAGUCAUCCGCUAGGUUAUAAUAAUGCGGAGCCGUCGAACUCGCAGCUAGGCAGGCUGGCUGUGCAUCUCUACCCAGACGCUGCGGAGCUGUCGCAACGUCAAGCUGUCCUUACCAUUCCACAUUUCGCUUUGAGCCUGUCUCCUUUUCUGCGGUGUAUUUGGACAUGUCCUCGCUUAACGUAGAGGAUGACCAGAGAUGGGUUCCUACUCACGUCCAGGUUACCGUUCUGCGGGGCAGGGGCUUGCGAGCGAAGGGCAAACACGGGACCAGCGAUGUUUACACCAUAAUCCAGGUGGGCAAGGAGAAAUACUCGACUUGUGUUCUGGAAAAGACCACGACUCCCGAAUGGAAAGAGGAAUGUUCCUUCGAGUUGUUACCGGGUGUGCUGGAGCCAGAUGACGGGGACGGGAGCGCCUACCCCCCCGGGAGCAGCGACUUGGUCCUCACGGUGAUGCACCGGGCGGUCAUGGGACUGGAUGUGUUUUUGGGCCAAGCCGUCAUCCCCCUGAAUAAGCUGUUUCAGGACAGAAUAUGCAUGAAAAACGAGUGGUGCAAGCUCAACUCUAAAACAGGUAAGAAGGAGAAGGAGCGAGGAGACAUCCAGGUGACGGUGCAGUUCACCAAGAACAACCUGACGGCUAGCAUGUAUGACCUCUCCCUGGGCAAGGACAAGCCUCGCUCCACCUUCGGCAAGAUCAAGGACCGUAUCAAGGGGAAGAAGAGGAUCGGCAAGGGCUCAGAGGAAGACCUACCCUCCGUGAUCAUAGGAGGAUAUGGACCCGUGUCACGGAUGAGGAACAGGCUGCCAAGCGAUGGCGGCGGGGAGGAAGACUACGAGGAUGAUGAAGGCGGGGAGGGGCGCAGGAGUAAGAUGAGGAACUUCUUCCUGCGUGGGAAGCUGAGGAAGUCGUCGGAUACGAGGUCGAGCACGUCGCUGGGGUCGGAGAGCAGCGAAUCGUCGUCGAGGGGAGGGAGUCUCAGUCCCACUGCCGGCAUCUCUGUUGUCGUGUCUGACCUGUCCAACUCACCUAGCAACAGCAGCAACUUCACCGCCGACAGCCCAGAUCACACAACAGAGUUUUCUCCCAAGCUGGCCUCUUACCCGUGCGAGUUCACAGACGAGUCCGGAGAGAUCACCAUCCCUGUGCCCCAGCCCGUCUGCAUCAAUGGAAGCCAUGUGUACAACGUCGCCCCUCGGCCCCCGGAACCCGGCCCGGGGAACCCCGUGGUAGCCCUAGUGAAAAAAAGGUUGCCUCUGUCCCAGUCCCUCCAGAACCUAAGCCAGCAGAAAGAGGAGCUCCCCGUCCCCCUCCCCAGAGGAGGCGCCGCGGACGGACGGCGCUGGUCCUUUGACAAGGCAGGGAAGGACGAGAGGGAGGCCAUUGCAGUGGUUCUAAUGCAAGCCGGGCAGGGGAUGGGGGAGGGGGGCGAGGGGGAGGGAUCUGACGGAGACAGCCAGGGGAGGAAACGGGGCAGGACCUGUCAGGAGGAGCUGUCUGAACAGGCCUCUGGUUCAGGUCCAGGAAACGACAAACACAAAGGCUGGUUCCGAUCAAAGGACAGCCACAACAGACCCAGCCAGGUGAUGUCACCUAGUUUAGGACCCUCCCUCACCCCUGGUCUCCCCCUUCACCCCCCUGGUUUGCUCUCCUGCGGUCCACCCUGUCCCCUUGUAAAUCCUAACCCAUCAGGACCCCUACAUCACACUAACCCCUUCGGCCAGUGCCCCCCUCCCAUGUCCCCUUCCAACCCGUUUCUCUCUCUUGUUCGGUGUAACCCUUUCUAUGAGGAGAUCCUAGCUGACUGUGCUUCAAAACAAAACUCUGCCCUGCCUCAUCUGUCUCCCAGCUCUUCUAGCUCCUAUCUCUCAGCCCCACCCUCCUGUUCUAACAACCCUGACUCCACCCCUUUCGUGGCCCUAACCCAAGACUGCCAAACCCCACAGGAAUCCGCUUAUACUGGUGUGAAGGAGAGAAGUCACUCCCCAAAACCUCCUCAAGAAACAAAGAGCGUCAACACUGCAGAGGAAGAAGAAGCAACAGUCGGAAUCAGCCAGAAGCCCCAGCCUCCACAUGAAAAGACUCUUGAAGUGAAAAGCCCUGUCGACCAGAGGUUGUCUGACACUUUCUCGCCUUGUUCUGCUGUUCCUGAAAAGGAUGAUUCUGAGAAUAAUGAAGAGUGGGACGACUUUGAGGUCUUUGCAUCUGACAGGUUGAAGACUCCAGAGGAUUUAUCUAGAAAGUGGACAUGUAAACCAGUGUUGCCAUACCAAACAAACCCUCCAGUGGAAGACUCCAGACAUCAAGGAACAGAAAGUGCGUUGACUGUGAAUAGUCUCGAAAACAAGAAUGUGAAUAAUACACGAAAUGAAACUACUUCAGAUGUCUCUUUAAGGACUGGAAGAGAGAAUGUUUUAGCAGAAGAAACUGGAGGAAAAGCACACAGUUGUAUCAAAGGAUAUAUGACAGUCGUGCUCAAAGACACUAUCCAAAACCCGGCACCCGCCUACAUUGAAGCCGACAUCGACAGCUCAAACACCACCGUUGUGGCAGUUGACCCACUACAACUAUUCUCUAGAUUUGAACACACGUUAACUAACCUCAACGCCUCUGAUCACCAAAAUACUAUGGACACGACUACGUCUAAUAACACUCAUAAAGCUCCUUGUCACAUACGUAGUCCUUCACCCACUCCAUCAACUCCACGUCACUCUUCUAACGCAAGGCCCGAGAUGUGGCCAGCAUGCUCUCCUGUGGAAGCAGAGGGCUGUAAAGAUGACAGUGGUCAAGAAAGAUUGGUUGUUCAUCCUGAAGACAGGAAUCCUUUAAACACAAUGGUAACUGAUCGCGUAGGGGCCACAUUCACCAAGGUUUCAGUUGAGGAAAAUCUGUCUUCCAACAUCAUGACCUCAGCUCCUGGGAUGCCUCAGUCAUUGAAGGACCCAGCAACUGACAACACCUCUCAAAGGCAGACCGUUGGCUCGACUCUUUGUCCCCCUAAACCACCCAGGCUUUUCCUCCAGAACAACAGCAGCCCUGGUCUUAGUAAGGAUCUGGGGUUUGAACACACUGAGGUGUCCAACAGGAGUCCCAAUACUAUCCUCCACAGUGCUGACUCGAGUGACAUCUUGAGCAGCCUAUCUUUGUCUGCAGACUUACAGAGCAGCAGUUCCCGUCAGACCAAAGAGGAGGUAAUGAUUAAAGAGGAGGGGAUACUCUCUAAAGUGGAGGUGAUACUCCCCAAAGAGGAUGUGCUCUCUCUUGCCAGAUCCAGCCUGGGAGUCGAUGAGGAGACUAAGGCAGUUACAGUGUCUGCCAACUGUAGUUUUUCUGAGGAUCAGAUUUAUUCUGCUAAGACUCCAUCUUUUCACUCUGAAACCGGCUCAAACAAAAUGGCUGCUUUAAACUGGAGGGGAGAAGUGUUUGAUAAUCAAUGCUGGGCAAUUAAUAAUGAUAUCACCCAGUCAGAAGCACUAGAUUCAUCCCCAUCUCACCUCGGAACCAUUUGUGUUGACAAAGAGAAGACCACACCCACUGAACCAAUCACAUCCACUGAACCAAUUACAUCCACUCAACCAAUCACAUCCACUCAACCAAUCACAUCCACUCAACCAAUCACAUCCAUUCAACCACAUCCCCUGAAGGAAAACUGGUCAGUUGGCAUGGCUUUAGAAGCUUCUAACCCAGGAGCACUUUCCAAUGCACUUCCAGAUUCAUUUAGAAGCACCCAGUCCUCUGCUGUUGUGAAUAGUGAUGAGAUGGUCAAUGAAGACAUUAGAGUAAAUCUAAUGCUCCAGAAUUCUCUCUCAGAGGAAAAGCCUCUCCAGCGUUCUCUCUCUGAAGGGAACAAGAUGACCAGUUUUGAGGACCUGACUCCAUCAUUUGGGAGCGACCCUGGCGUUCUUAACCUGGGUUCACUGUCCUCUUUCCAGCAGCAUGACGCUGAACUCCUCACCUCCUUUCUAACUCCUCCUACUUUAACUGCUCAGUGUAGCUCCUCCUCCUCUGUCCCUACCCCUCCCCUUGCUACUGUGAGGUCAUUGGCGAGCAUUGCCGCUGCCCCAGCCGCGCACCUAUUCUACACUGCACAGCCAGUGAAUGGUGCAUCGCAUGCAGCCAUGUCCCUGGAGACACAUCAGGCAGCCAGUCAGCAGAACAGCCCUCAUCCAGUGAGGCCCCUUACCCCAGAGGAGAAGAGGCGUGCGGAACGGUCCGAGGGGCGGUCGGUGCUGGACAAACUCAAGUCCUCUAUCCAUCCUGGGAGGAGCAGCCAGUCCACUGAGCAGGUCCCUGAGAGAAAAAAGUCUCUGACUGAAGGGGCGGGGUCUUACUAUCACUUGACCCACAGCGAGCUGGUGGCCCUUCUUCUCCAGCGGGAGGCGGACUUACACCGACAAAGAGCCGAGUUUGACCGCCAGGGAGCGAUGCUAGCCAAGCGGGAGGCGGAGCUGAAGAAGAUAAAGCCUCAGGUUAGGGACCUGGAGGACUACAUAGACACACUGCUGGUCCGUAUUAUGGAGCAGACGCCCACCAUCCUGCAGGUCCGUAGCAAGCUCCAGUGACGGAUGGAAAGGGGUUGACUGGAGCCCGGAGUUGCAAGAUUCUGAACUUCCCCAAAGUUCCCGUGUUUUCCAGAGUCCAGGAAUCGGGGAGUAAUAAGCAGAGAAUCUGGGAAUCCUACUGCUGGGAAUUCUGAGAAAUCAGGGGAUGUUGAUGAAGCAAGCAACCGUACUAGCCCCCCUCCGCUCUGACCCCCUUACCACAACACAACAGCUGUCUUCUUACUGGUCUUUUCACUGCUAUGCGAUCCUUUUGAUAUUAUGGCUAGAGAAUACUGCACUGAGGAGCGCCCAGGGAGAUGCAGCGCUGUACUGGAGGCAAUCCCUAGACGGUAAGGGUUCGAACAGAGGACUGUGGAUUCUGAGGUUCUUUUUAAGUCAGCGAUCCUACGGUGAGGUCAGCGGGUUAACGUUUGCGUCAAAGGUUUAUGGUUGUAUGGUUCUGUCAGAGGCCACGCGUUCGGAGGUUUAGGGUCAAUAGAGGUGGUGGACUACGUAGGGAAUGGCGUGCAUUUAGACACCUCGAAACCCUUCCUCGUAAACAUUAAGUGCACCAACAGCGGUUCUCAGCUAGAAGCCAAAUGACGGAUAAACUGGCACUCGUGUCUUAUGGCCUGUGUCCCAGCAGUAUCCAGUUCCCUGCGUCGUUCACUGCUUUGGAUCCAGAGCCUUUGGUCAGUAGUGGUGCACGACAUAGCUUAUAGGGCGCCCAGUGGACGUAGCUCGAUUUGAACCGAGCUUGUGGGUAGUGUUUUGAUCCAGUCAGACAAAUGAACCACGUAGGUCUUUGAUGCGCGAUGUUUCUGCUCAGCAUUUUUACCUUGUUUUCCCUUACUCUUUUAUGAGUUGCAUGUCUUAGCUACAACAACAACACGCUGCUGCUCCGACGCUACUGCUAAACGAUUCUAGAGUGACGUUGUUCUGAAUGUGUUCUUACUAUCAGGCCUAUUACAGGACUGUUUCAGGGUUGUAAAGAAAAUCUGACUCAAAAAAUAUAUAUAUAUAUAUCCUGUUUGGAAGAUUCUGGAAAUAGUGAGAGAAAAAGCAGGAUAUCGGGAAUUCUUCCAUCAGUAAUUCUAGAAAAGUGAAUUUUGUUUAAACCCUAGUUUUUGAUCCGGGUUUUCCAACGCUCUUCUUAGGCCUCUCCAGACGUUCCACUUUUUUCAUCUCUUAACUGGCUCACCUGAAACAGUCAACUAAUCAUCAAGCCUUUGACUAAUUCUGGGUGAGAGUGGGUGUUAAAAAGAAACUGAAACGUCUGGAGAGAUCUGAGUAGAGGUUUGAGAAACCCUGUAUUAGAUGUUCCUAUCAGGUACAAGUACUGUGCAUAGGUGUGAGGGAUCAGCCAAUCACAGCUUUCUAACAUGCCGCGCCUUCCUUCCACUGUGCAUUAAUAUUGACAUGUUUCGUAAGAAAAAGAAUGCAUCUACACAUGCUGGUACUUGACUACCCUAAGUCUAUGUUUCUCCUCCCCCGCCUUCCCGGCUCACCCUCAUAUGGCCCCUCCUCCCUCCCAUAGCCCCUCCUCUCCUCCCCUGGCCCAUCCUGUUCCUACCCCUAGCCCCUCCCUAGCCCCUCCCCAUUCCCCCUCCACCGUGCUUCUGCUAGAGCACGCAUCCUGCUACUAAUAAUAAUAAUAAUAAUGUUUUCAGGUGUGUUACAAAAGGCAUGUGUACUGUAUCAACAGCAUACAGUAAUGCCAUAUUGAAAUGCCAAAUGCUGCCUUAUUGUUUUUAGUUGAUGUUCUAGUUCGUGGUUCGUCUCAAAAACAGAGCUUCCAUUGUCUUAUGGCAAUUGCUAUUUGUCACAGGUCAUAACGCUUUCUUUCGUUUGCAAUAUUUUUAUUUGUCUGUUGCACAAAGAACCCCAGUGUAGGCAUACUAAGAGAUCAUUAACCGAUGAACAUGAUGAUAUCUGUGAAAUGCCAAAAAGCCAAGCCUUGAAACGUAAUGUACCGUGUCUAGAGUUGGUUUGGUUCACCGUGACAGUAUUCUUGUGAUUAUGCCACUCAUACUAGUCUGCGUACUAGUCUGCACAGCCAUCAUCCCUUCCUCUCUGUGCCACUUCCUGUUAUGUUUGACAUGAUUCACCGGAUGGAAUAUUGGUGCAGGCAAGCUGGACGUCGACCACUUCCUGUCCUGUCCAACACGACUGCUCCGGGUUUCACAUGCAACACUGUCGGAUGUACUCUCAUCGUCAGACCCUAAUAUAUACUGUUACAGCACUCUAUCUAUCUCUUUCCAUCUCUCCCUCUCCACCUCCCUAGCCCAGCCUUGGUCUGGUCGGCCAUAACACCUCAGAAGACACUUCUCCAGUAAAGCUUUCUGUCCAGCUUCAAGCAUACUGAUAGUGAAACAGGGAAAUGCCUUGCCUUUUCCACUCGUGCUGUGUGAUGCAACAUGUUCCCUAUAUAGUCCACUAGUUUUUAUCAGAUUCCUCUGGGCCUGCCACUUCUGGUCAUGUAUCUUAUUGGCCUGGAGGGCCUGUUUCAUCUUGCUAGUUCCUUCUGGGUCUACGGGCCUGGUAUAAAGUAGUGCACUAAAUGAAGGAAUAGCAUUCCAUUUAGGAGCCGACAUAUUAAACGAGAUGCCACGCCUCUAAAGCGUGAGUUGUUCUUCCUCUGUGUCUUCCAUUUUAAAGUUAAUUUCACUUCAACUGACUGCGUUCUGUCUCUGAUUGUUUUAGCUGGUGGAAUGUGCGUAAGGUAGUCAAAGAUCGGAAAGUUUACAAUUGGUGAUACGAUUCUGUUUCACAGAUUUUAUAUAUUUAAUAAAAAUAUUGUGUUUCUUGCCCA